AUGCCCCGCGGCUUCCUAGUGAAGCGCAGCAAGAAGUCCACGCCAGUGUCCUACCGGGUCCGCUGUGGCGAGGACGGCGACCGCGCGCUGCUGCUCUCCCCGGGCUGUGGGGGAGCCCGCGCCGAGCCUCCAGCACCAAGCUCAGGGCCCGGGCCGCUGUCGUUGCCGCUACCGCUGCCGCCGCCGCCACCGCCGCCGCCGCCGCCGCCGCCUACCGAGCGCGCCCAUGCGGUGCUCGCCGCCGCCCUCGCCUGUGCGCCUGGCCCGCCGCCUCCCUCACCCGGCCCGCGCACCGCGCACUUCGGCAACCCAGAGGCCGCGCACCCGGCGCCACUGUACAGCCCCACGCGACCGGUGAGUCGCGAGCACGAGAAACACAAGUACUUCGAGCGCAGCUUCAACCUCGGCUCGCCUGUCUCGGCCGAGUCCUUCCCCACGCCCGCCGCGCUGCUCGGGAGCGGCGGUGGGCACAGCGGGCAUGUAGCGGGUGGCGGCGGCACCUGCGGUGGCGACGCACUGCUCUUUGCGCCCGCCGAGCUCAAGAUGGGCACUGCGUUCUCCGCAGGUACUGAGGCGGCCCGUGGGCCCGGGUCGAGGCCCCCGUUGCCCUCUGCCGCCGCCCUGCGGCCCCCAGGCAAGCGACCUGCGCCCCCAGCCGCUGCCGCCGCAGCGGAGCCACCUGCCAAGGCAACCAAGGCCCCGGGCGUCAAAAAGCCCAAAGCCAUCCGUAAGCUGCAUUUCGAGGACGAGGUGACCACGUCUCCAGUGCUGGGACUGAAGAUCAAGGAGGGCCCGGUGGAGGCGCCGCGGGGCCGAGCAGGGGGUGCGGCGCGGCCGUUAGGCGAGUUCAUCUGCCAGCUGUGCAAGGAGGAGUACGCCGAUCCUUUCUCGUUGGCGCAGCACAAGUGCUCGCGCAUUGUACGCGUGGAAUACCGCUGCCCAGAGUGCGCCAAGGUCUUCAGCUGCCCGGCUAACCUGGCCUCCCACCGCCGCUGGCACAAACCGCGGCCAGCGCCCGCCACAGCCCGCGCACCGGAGCCCGAAGCGGCCGCCAGGGCUGAUGCGCGGGAGGCGACGAACGGGAGCAGCGACCGCGAUACGCCAAGUCCUGGCGGUGUGUCCGAGUCGGGCUCCGAGGACGGGCUCUAUGAGUGCCACCACUGCACCAAGAAGUUCCGCCGCCAGGCCUAUUUGCGCAAGCACCUGCUGGCGCACCACCAAGCGCUGCAGGCCAAGGUCUCGCCACCUACACCCCCCGCCGAGGACCUGCUGGCCUUGUACCCAAGGCCCGAAGAUAAGGCGCCCCAGGAAACAGCCGGCGACAGCGAGGCGACCGGCAUACUGGGUCUGAGUGCUCCCGCCGAGUGCCACCUGUGCCCGGUGUGCGGGGAGACGUUCCCCAGCAAGGGCUCCCAGGAGCGUCAUCUACGCCUGCUGCAUGCCGCUCAGGUGUUUCCCUGCAAGUACUGCCCGGCCACCUUCUACAGCUCGCCGGGCCUCACGCGGCAUAUCAACAAGUGCCACCCGUCGGAGAACAGACAAGUGAUCCUCCUGCAGGUGCCUGUGCGUCCGGCCUGCUAG